CAACCCUUCCCAUGAUCAUCCAUCAUUAAUAUCUAUAUAAUACAAGAGAUGUGGAGAUAUAUAUGUCCAGUUCACCCAAGUUCUUCACAAUUCAUUUUCCUAUAUCCCAAACAAGAAGAUGAGUACUCAGACUGAUACCAAGGCCACCGCAGCUGAUGCUGCCGCUGCCACUGCCAAGACAGCUGCACCUCCAAAAAAGGCUCCAAUGGAGACCAAAGCUGGAGCUGCUGCAGCCAUGCCUCCAUAUGAGGAUUUUGAGCCCUUAUGUGGUUGGCGUAGAGAGGAAGGGCAAGAAACUCUGGUGGUCCAUAUUCCUGAAUUCAAAAGAGAGCAACUGAACGUCUCUGUUAUCUCUGGAGGCAUUCUAAAGAUCUCAGGUGAACGCCCCAUUGAUGGAUCUAAAUCCAGUCAUUUCAGCAAGAAAAUUGCAAUUUCAAAGGACUGCAACGCUAGUGAAAUCAGUGCAAAGUUCACUAGUGCUGGCCUUCUUUCUAUUUCAAUGCCCAAAAAAACUGUUUUAGUCCCCAAGCAAGAUCAACAACCCACACCACCAGUUACAAUUCAAGAGAAUCAGCUCCAACAGAAGCCCCAAGAAACGCAAGAUCAAGGGGCUACGAAACUCGGUGGCGUGACCGUUGCGGUGGCGGUGGUGGUCGUGGUGGUGGCAGUGGCUCUUGGUGCUUAUGCAACUUAUAAGUGUAGGUCUUUGGAUUCAUGAUGGUGCUGCUAGUUUUUUCUCAUAUUCUUUGUAUAUGUUAGUGUUUAGUGAAACUACAAAGUUCACACGAGCUAUGGUGAAUAUAUGUUAAACAGAACUGAUGUAACAAACAUUAUUGAAUUGAUUGGCAAUAUAUAGUUGAAAGUGGUUUGUAGAUC